UGGUGUCACUGGUGUCACUGGUGUCAGUGGUGUCACAAAAUAAAAAAUCUGAUAAUGUGACGUCGGUGGUUUGGAUGGAAUAAAUGUUCCAUGUAGAAUAAAUUCUUGUGAAAUUUAAAUGAAAAUGUUUUACUAAUGCUUACUAGUGCGUACUUGUCCGUUUCUGUCUGUAGACAGUGUUGACAUUGCGUCAAGUGGUCAAGUGAAUAAAAAUGACAGAUGUUUGGCGUUUGGACACCUUACCAUCCGAUGUUCUCAUCUUAAUUUUCGAUUAUUGUCAUGCAUUUGACUUAGUCAGACUCAGUGAAGUUUGUACACGAUUUCACGAAGUAAUUCGUGAUAAAAUCCUAUGGGUAAAAAAAAGCAAGCAGACGUUGGUAACUAAUCAAACAUCAAAGCAAUUUCGCGCAAGAUGCAAUCCACUAUUGUGUUUGAGAACAAAGUGGCAAAUUUCUCACAACUGGCAAUAUGGGAAAUAUACAAAGAAAAUUAUUUUUUCCCAAGGCAAAAAAUUGAUGCCCUGGCUUCAAUUGACUGAUGACACUUUAUGGUGGAGUGGUGGUGAUCAACUUUUUGGAUUUAAACGCAAAGAUCCUUUUAGUUACAAUGAUGUUGCGUUUGCACAAAGAUAUAUUAAUAGUGAUAUUUGUAAAUUCGUUGUUCGUGAAGAUUAUGUAAUUAGUGGUCACAGAGACGGAAGUUUGAAAUUUUGGUCCCUCGCAAAUUCUGGCUCACUUUACUAUGAUGGCAACGGUUACCACAUGGACCAUUUAUACUACAGUAUUGAAAGAGCUCAUUCCACCGACGUAAAUGCCGUCGACGAAACUUCUCAAGUCGUUAUUUCCGGGUCUGGCGAUGGAGUAGUCAAAAUUUGGAUGAGACCAGGAGAUACAAUGUCAAAUAUACCUUCAGCCAGCAUAAGUGUUCGUGAUCGAAUUUUAUCACUCUUAGCAGAUCCAACGGGACAAAAAUUCGCAGUGGGAUCGUCUGGCACAGGUGACGGUCCUCCUCUUCAUAUUCUCGACAUCGAAAGUUGCACCGAAUCCAAUGUCAUGAAACAUCCGUGGAGAAGAGGUGCUGGGAUUUUAGAUAUGGUUUGGGACAAUCCGCAAACUCUCUUAACGUGUGGUUACGACACUUAUGUCAGGAAAUGGGACAUGAGGACUGAAAAAUGUGUUGGUUAUUGGCCAGAUCCCACCGACGCAACAAUGUACUGUAUAUCGUCAGAUUAUCAAUAUUCGAUGGUUACGGGAGCCCAAUUUAAUUGCAAGGCAGUUUUGUGGGAUCAACGACAAACUAAUUACGUCCAGUUAUACUUUAUGAAUCUGCGUCGCAUUUCAAGUCCAGUUUACAGUCUCUGUUUUGACAGUAGCCAGCUUUAUGGUGCUACUGAUCAGCAUUUGGUUGAGCUCAAAUUUUCUGGUCGUUACAACAAGGAAACCAACUACCGCGAAAUUCUCAGAUACGGGUGGAAUAACGACGAGAAUCCAAGAAGAUGAAUGUGUACAAAUUAUUAUUUAUUUAAUUUAUAAAUGAAAUUUAUAGUCUUUUGACGCAAAGUCAACUAAUUUGUUGAUUUUUCACGAAAUAAUCGGAAAUUGAAUCAUGUAAAAUGUACAAAAGACCUACAGGUCCUUCAACUAUAGGAAUUCAGCUAUAGAAUUUUUUUCACUACACUAUCAAUGUCCACUGUAAUAUGAAAAAAUACUUAAUCUGUUUUAGUUUUGCAUCUAGACAAACACUGUUUUUUAAAGAAGGUCGAGGAGAAAUAAAUGCUAUAUUUUCAACAA